AUGGACUUAUCUGAUGAUGUUGCUGCAGAUAAAGAUGAGCAAGUUGCUGCUCAUCUAAUUGAACUUGGAAGUUUUUCUGCAGAAGAAAAUCAAGUUAUUGAAGAGCCUGUUCAUGAUCUUGUAACUCAAGAAGAAGAAGUGGUAAAAUCCCCUCCUGUCAGAAUAGAGGGAUCUCAAGAAAAAGAGGCUGAAGUCAGUCAGUCUGAGGUUGUCAGAUCAGAGGGGGAACUCUCAAAAGAUAAAGAAGCUGAGAGUAGUUCCUCAUCUGAGGGGGAACAAGACAAAAAUGCUCAAACUUUCAAGCCUCUAUCAUUUCCCAAUAUCAAUGCUGCUAAUGUUUAUGAGAACAUUCUUAAUCCUUAUCACAGUUCAGAGAACUUGCUCAAAAGAAUUAACAGUCCAAUUCAGACCAUUGAAGCAGAUUCGCAAGAUAACUCAUCCAAUGAAGGAUCUAUCCAUAGUUUUGCUGUUGAAAACCCAACAGGAUCUUCAGCUGACGGUACAAGGCUCAUGAAGUCGAUGUCAACAUUGUUGUCAACGCUCCAGAACAAUGUGGCAAUGAUGCAAUAUAACAUGACGAAAAUUAUGAAGGCCCAGAAGGAAGAAAAGAAGAAUCUUGCUGAUCUUGUUAAAAACCAUAAUGAGUUGGAGCUAACAUUGAAGAAAAAGACGUACGCGGUUGAAGUUUCCAAUACGAAUUUUGGAAGGUUAGAAAAGAAACUCUUCAGUCGACAAUCUGAAGGGAUGAGCUUUGAAAGACAGAUCAAUCUUGAUAAUCAAAGAGAGGUUAUAGAAGCAAUGGGCUUGAUUCAAAAUUCGCUUGUUGAAAUUCAAGGCAGUAUAAGAAGAACAGAUGCUGAAAGACUAGAGUAUAUUGACUCCAUUGCAAGGAAAUUUCAAGCUGAAGAGAAUGCGAAAGCUGAUGCUGAGAAAGAACAAAAUACCAUCACUCAGGGCAAUGCUUUUAGAGAAAGAAGAGGUGACGGUGUAGCAACUGACACCAAAUCUAAGAGAAUGCCAAAAAAUGAUGAAAACCCAAGGCCAACUAAAAGUGGCGGAGGACGAAGCGGCGGUGAUCGUGGAGGCCGAAGCAGCAGUGAUCGCGGAGGUCGUAAUACUGGUGAUCGCGGAGGUCGUAGUGGUAGUGUUCAAGGAGGCAGAAGUACUGGAAGCGAUCGUGGUGGGCGAACUGGUGGAAGUAGUCGUGGUGGACGCGGUCUUCCUCUGUUCCAAAACCUGCUAACUGGUGAAGGGAUGAGUGUUGAAGGAUUCACCUAUCCAAUUGAUCCUCGAGUGAAAAGAGAAGAUCAAUAA